CCCCAUUUCUACUACUUCUCCUCCUCCUCCUCCCCAUUCUCCUUCCUCCACUUAAUCGGCUCCAUACUCUCUCGAUCGCUGCUUUAAACAAUUGAAGUUCCUUUCUGAAUCCAAUACCAGAUUUUGGAUCUCAGAUCCAUCUUCAAGUUUGACUAUGGAGAGCUUGGCGCAACUGGAAGAGCUAUGUGAUAAGCUGUACAAUUCAAGGGACUCCGCUGAGCGCGCCCAUGCUGAGAACACCCUGAAAAUAUUCUCAGUCAACAUUGAUUACAUUUCUCAAUGCCAGUAUAUUCUGGACAAUGCCUUAUCGUCAUACGCGUUGAUGCUUGCCAGUACGAGUUUGAUGAAUCAAAUCACCGAGCACAGCCUCUCUUUGCAGCUUCGUCUUGACAUCAGGAAUUAUCUAGUUAACUAUUUGGCCACCCGAGGACCGAAUUUGGAGCAUUACGUUAUCUCGUCUCUAAUUAGGCUCCUGUGUCGACUCACAAAAUUUGGAUGGUUUGAUGACGAUAGAUUCAGAGAAUUGGUUACGGAGUCCACAAGCUUCUUGAGCCAGGCAACUUCAGAUCACUAUGCUAUUGGGUUGAAGAUACUGAAUCAACUAGUAACCGAGAUGAAUGUGAGCACUUCAGGUUUGCCAUCAACUCAUCAUCGAAGAGUUGCUUGCUCAUUUAGGGAUCAAUCACUGUUCCAAAUAUUCCAAAUAUCUCUAACAUCUCUGCACCAACUGAAGAAUGAUGGUAUUGUAAGCGAAUUGCAAGAGCUAGCAGUUUCACUUUCGCUUCAAUGCUUGUCUUUUGAUUUUGUUGGGACGUCCAGCGAUGAGAGCUCAGAAGAGUUUGGUACUGUCCAGAUUCCUUCAUCUUGGAAGCCAGUUUUAGAAGAUCCUUCGACAUUGCAAAUAUUCUUCGAUUACUAUGGGAUUAUGAUCACAAGGCCAAAUCUUUCAAAGCAGGCGCUGGAUUGCUUGGUUCGGCUGGCUUCAGUUAGACGCUCUUUGUUCACGAAUGAUGCUGCCCGUUCUAGGUUCUUGGCACAUUUAAUGACAGGAACUAAGGAAAUCUUACAAACAGGGAAAGGCCUUUCUGAACAUGACAAUUACCAUGAAUAUUGUCGCCUUCUUGGGCGGUUCAAAGUAAAUUAUCAGCUGUCAGAGCUGGUGAAUGUGGAAGGCUACAGUGAAUGGAUACAGUUGGUGGCGGAGUUCACUUUGAAGUCUUUACAGUCAUGGCAGUGGGCCAGCAGCAGUGUGUACUAUCUUUUAGGUUUGUGGUCGAGAUUAGUAACAUCUGUGCCAUAUCUGAAAGGCGAUGCUCCAAGUUUGCUUGACGAAUUUGUGCCUAAAAUUACCGAAGGCUUUAUUACAUCAAGAUUUAAUUCCUUACAGGAUGGGUUGCAGGAUGAUUCUUCUGAUAAUAUGUUGGACAAUGUCGAACUUCUUCAGGAUCAGCUAGAUUGCUUUCCUUACCUGUGCAGAUUCCAGUAUGAGAGAAGUGGUUCUUAUAUAAUAAACACAAUGGAGCCUAUUCUCCAACAAUACACGGAAAGAGCUCGACUGCAGACCUCUAACAAUAAAGAACUUGCAGUUAUAGAGGCAAAACUAGCUUGGAUAGUACAUAUUAUCGCUGCUAUAAUGAAGAUAAAACAAUGUACAGGCUGUAGCACAGAGACUCAAGAAGUUCUUGAUGCAGAGCUUUCAGCUCGUGUUUUACAAUUAAUUAGUGUCACUGAUAGUGGACUGCAUAGCCAGAGAUACGGAGAGUUGAGUAAACAAAGACUGGACCGAGCAGUUCUGACGUUCUUCCAGCAUUUUCGUAAGUCUUAUGUGGGUGAUCAGGCUGUGCACUCAUCUAAGCAGCUGUAUGCCCGUCUAUCAGAGCUUGUUGGACUUCCUGACCAUCUUUUGGUAUUGAAUGUUAUUGUUGGGAAGAUUGCUACAAAUUUGAAGUGCUAUACUGAGAGUGAAGAAGUCAUUGAUCACACAUUGAGUUUGUUCCUUGAGCUGGCAUCUGGGUACAUGACUGGAAAGCUGCUUCUGAAGUUGGAUGCUGUUAAAUUCAUAAUUGCUAACCAUACUAGGGACAACUUUCCUUUCCUUGAGGAGUAUAGUUGUGCUCGUAGCAGAACAACUUUCUACUACAUUAUUGGCUGGUUGAUAUUCAUGGAAGACAGCCCUGUGAAAUUUAAGGCUUCUAUGGAGCCACUUUUGAAGGUUUUCCUCAAUCUGGAGUCGAUUCCUGAGCCAGUGUUUCGUACUGAUGUUGUAAGAUAUGCUUUGAUUGGCCUGAUGAGAGAUCUUAGAGGGAUUGCAAUGGCCACUAACAGUCGUAGAACAUAUGGAUUCUUAUUUGAUUGGCUAUAUCCUGCUCACUUACCCCUUCUCUUGAAAGGCAUCUCAAUUUGGGCAGAUACGCCGGAGGUUACCACUCCAAUUCUUAAGUUCAUGGCUGAGUUUGUUUUAAACAAGGCCCAACGGUUGACUUUUGAUUCAUCUUCUCCUAACGGCAUUCUUCUGUUCCGAGAAGUCAGCAAGUUGAUUGUUGCGUAUGGUACUAGAAUUCUUGCCCUUCCAAAUUCUACUGCUAGGGCCAUGUAUGACUACAAGUACAAGGGAAUAUGGAUUUGCUUAACUAUUCUCUCAAGAGCUCUUUCAGGAAACUAUGUCAACUUUGGUGUCUUUGAGCUGUAUGGUGAUAGAGCCCUUGCUGAUGUUCUUGAUAUAGUGCUAAAGAUGGCACUUUCAAUUCCUACGUCAGAAAUAUUUGCAUUUAAAAAGCUACAGAAGGCUUACUUUGGAUUUUUGGAAGUUCUUUUCUGCAGCCAUCUAUCUUUCAUACUCAAUCUUGACACCAAUACCUUCAUGCAUAUUGUCGGCUGUCUUGAAUCUGGUCUUAAAGGUCUUGAUAGCAACAUUUCAUCACAGUGUGCAUCUGCUGUCGAUAAUUUGGCUGCUUUCUAUUUCAACAACAUCACAAUGGGGGAGCCACCCCUGCUACCUGCUGCAGUCAAUCUUGCUCGGCACAUUGCAGAUUGCCCCAAUUUGUUUCCAGAAAUACUGAAGACCCUGUUUGAAAUUGUUUUAUUUGAGGACUGUGCCAACCAGUGGAGUCUUAGCAGACCUAUGUUGAGCUUGAUACUUAUCAAUGAGCAGUUAUUCUCUGAUUUGAAGGCUCAGAUUUUGGCAUCACAGCCAGUGGAUCAACACCAGCGGCUGUCUCUUUGUUUCGACAAACUUAUGGCUGAUGUUACGCGAAGCUUAGAUUCGAAGAACAAGGACAAGUUCACCCAAAACUUGACGGUGUUCAGGCACGAUCUCAAGAACAAAAAAUAAGUUGCAGUCUCCCAGUAUCCAUGCCUGUCAUGCUCAAGGCUAUACUUUAAAUUCCCAAAGAAAAGGGCCUUCCUUUAAAGUUGGAGUUGAUGGGGGGAUGAGAUCAGAUCGAAAGAUCCGUUGUUGGUCGGGGCAGUGUCCAUGUCUCGGAAGCUGCCUAAUAGCAUCAGGAUGAGCAUGGUGUAUGCAAAUUUUAUGCUGUACAGAUUCUCCUUUUAGGCUCCUUGAUGUUUUGUUUGUUGUUGGGGGUGGGUGUUGUUCCAUGGACCAUGAUGAUUAAAAGGAAAAGAGAAUGUUAGAUUUAUGUAGGGAUGAUUUUAGCUAGCUAGGGUUCAGGAGGAGGGAGGGAGGGUGGGUGUUUGGGGAAAGGGUUUGGUUGUUUUGCCCUUAGAUUUUAGACGAAGGGUAUGGUUUUGCAUACUGCUAGACAGCUAGAGUAACAAUUCUUUUAUAAACCCUAAUAGAAAAAUGGAAAUGAGUAGGGAAGAAAGAAAGAAAGGAUUGGGGUAUGGGGGUUUGUGGGUUGCAAGGGGUGUGGUUUGGCCUAUAAUUGACAGGAUUGGGAGAUGGGAUGCCUGUGGUUUGGAAUUGGGAGGAUGAGUUUGCCUCAACUCAGCUCAGGUAUAUUUUUUUGAAGGGUUCUCUCUAUGCCUGUAGUUAAUUAUUCUUUGUAUUAAUUAAUUAGUAGCUGAUGAUGCGAAGAAUGGAAAGCCUUCAUUUUCACUCGAGCUUUGAAUGCCUGGUUAUCUGGUCUUCAACUGGUUUGUGCUUGUCCUUUCAUGUUCGUUGCCUGGGACGGGAUGUAUGGCGCACAAAAACGAUAUUUGUAAUUUGAUUCCAUUUGACAGCACGUAGCUAGCUCAUGUGGAGGCUUGGCUUUAGAGAUUUCCCGAUCUGCUUGAUGCUGAGGGCCGGGCCGGGUUGGGUUAGUUUGUCUAUUGGGUUAGUUUAUUUUUACCCUAUAAAGGGU